AUGGAACUCACCCUCUUCUCCGCCAAAUCCUACGACGCACACUACUUCACUCAAACCCUCCAAACCUUCAACCCCCCCCUCUGCACCAUCACCACCCACCCCUUCGCCCUCACCUCCACGACCGUCUCCCUCGCCCGCACCAGCACCGCCAUCUGCGUCUUCGUCAACGACACACUCGACGCUCCCGUCCUGCACGCCCUGCACGGCUACGGCGUCCGCGCCAUCCUCCUCCGCUGCGCCGGCUACAACAACAUCGACCUCCCGCUGGCCGAAUCCCUCGGGUUCUUCGUCGCCAAUGUCCCCAGCUAUUCCCCCGAAGCGGUCGCCGAGUUCGCCGUCGCCCUGAUCCAAACCCUGAAUCGGAAAACCCACCGCGCAUACAACCGCGUCCGGGAGGGCAAUUUCAAUCUCGAGGGGUUUCUCGGCGCCACGCUCUAUAAGAAGACGGUGGGGGUGGUUGGGCUGGGACGGAUCGGGAUGGCGUUUGCGAGGAUUAUGAAGGGUUUUGGAUGUACGCUGUUGGGGUCGGACCCGUAUGGGGGUGUCGAGUUCACGGAGUUAGGGGGCGAGUAUGUGGGGUUGGAGGAGUUGUUGGGACGGAGUGAUAUUGUGAGUUUGCAUUGUCCGUUGACGGAGGGGACGAGGCAUAUUAUCAACAAGGGGAGUUUGGGAAAGUUGAAGAGGGGGGCGUUGGUGGUGAAUACCUCCCGGGGUGGUUUGGUGCAUACCCGGGAUGCGGUGGAGGCGUUGAAGGAGGGGCGGUUGGGGGGGUUGGCGUUGGAUGUGUAUGAGGAGGAAGGGGAUCUGUUUUAUAAUGAUCAUUCGGCGGAGAUUAUUCAUGAUGAUACGUUGAUGCGGUUGAUGACGUUUCCGAAUGUGUUGGUGUGUGGGCAUCAGGCGUUUUUUACACGGGAGGCGUUGAGUGAGAUUGCCCAGGUGACGUUGGGGAAUUUGGAGGAUUUUGUGAAAAAGAGGUCGUGUCGGAAUUCGUUGGUGAGGGAGGGGCAUUUGUUGGUCGAGGGGGAUAAGGAGCCGGUGAGGUUGUAG